CUAUUAUUAGUAGUCUGUUUUUAUCUUAUAGUUCUGGGCUUUCAUUUACCUUGUCUUCAACAAAUAUGUUUGUAGGAUUUUCAGUCAGUAGUGGUAAUUACGAAAAGUUACGCUCAAUACAGGAAGGAUAAAAGUUGGGCACAUCUGCGUCCUUGUGACCAAUUACGGACCAUGUGUCCAAUUUCUGGUCUCUUAACCCCAACUAUUUAGCUUUCAUUUACGAACACGAUUCUGUUCAGUAGUCACUAAAUUUGUAAACGGAUGCCAUAUUUUGGUUUGGCCCUUUUAGUUUUCUUCUUACUUAUUUCUAGUUCAGCCACCAUAGCUUGUAAAGUUCAGUGUCUUAGCCACUUCGAUCGAUGCAGAUUAAUGACCUCAACAAUCAAUUUAUCAUCUUUCCGUGAUAUCUUGCCUCUGACCUCAUCAUUUCUAGUGAGGUUAUAAUCAAUGGACGACCUUUGAGCAUUUCUGAACUGACCUGGAAUGUGUCUACCUACUUGCUAGGGCUAAGUGAGUGUUAUAUAUUAGUGCCAAAAAUUAGGAUCUGCGGGUAAACGUUAAGGUUAGGAAUUUCAGUUAGUUUUCAUCAUGCUUUUUGCUAAAAUGCUAUUUAACCAUAUGGAUGAGUUUUGCACCAAAAUUCAGGAUGUGCUAUCUUGGAUUUCUUUCGUUCGUCCAUAAUUUAUAAUCUGGUUGCUCACUCCGUUGUUUCAUCAAGCCCUAGCAAUCCCUAAAGGAUAUCUCUGAUUAAAAUGUUUAGCUUACGCGUAUCUUCUCUUUUGAUAGAUCAUGCUUACAACCAUAGGGUAAUACGGAAUCAAGAUUACUUUCUGUUUUUUAUACUUUCCUAUUACAUUAGGACUUCUUAAAUUCGUGUGUAAAACCAUGCUAGAAUCUCUGCCGCUUGAGAAUAGCUAUCCUAGUAACGUCAAGCUUAAAUACAAAAAGCUAUCCUAUCAAGCGACAACUCCUACUCGUGGAUCUCUCUUGGCUGCUGGUUACGAUCUUUAUGCUGCUCAUGAAGCUACCAUACCUCCUGGGGGUCGUGAAUUAAUUAAAACUGACAUACAGAUUGAAUUGCCAGAAGGUUGUUAUGGUCGUGUCGCUCCACGAAGCGGAUUAGCCUUAAAACAUGGGAUUGAUGUUGGUGCUGGCGUCAUUGACCGAGACUAUAGGGGAAAUCUUGGCGUAGUACUUUUUAACUUUGGAGAACAAAAUUUUGAAAUAAAAAAAGGUGACCGUGUAGCACAACUGAUUUGUGAACGUAUUUUCUGUCCUGAAUUAAUGGAAUGUGAAUCGUUGGCGGAAACAGAUCGUGGUUCAAAUGGUUAUGGCUCAACAGGAGUGUAGAGCCUAAUAAUUUUAUCAGAAUCAAAAUAUUUUUUACAAUAAAUAUAUAAGAAAUAUAACCCAUUUUUUAUGCCUGCAAAUAACUUUUUAAAACAUUAACAGACUAUCCAAUAUUGAGUUGA